UGAGUUUGUGUGAGUGUGCAGUGAAGAGUUGCUGCUGCUCCUCACAGCAGAGGUUCCUGUGUGUGCAGAAUGGACUGUUUGGACAUGCUGACCACUCUGCUGCUACUGCUGACCACCGCAGUGUGUGGACAUCUUACCCAACCUCAGAGCAUGAGAGUUAUUGACCUGCUGGAGCUGAAGAAUGCUGAUCAGAUGGCGGAGGCUGUAGAGAACUUGUCCAGUGGAUUAGGAAGUGCACAGGACCUGUUUAUAACCUCCACAUUCAGACUACCUCCAAAGCUGGGUGGUGUGCUGUUUGGCUUGUACCAUAAAGAAGACAAUAAAAAAUUCCUAGAGGUCGCUCUUAUCGGGAAGAUCAAUAAGCUGUUGGUGCGGUAUCUGCGCUCUGAUGGAAAAAUCCAUUCUGUAAACCUGCAGAACCCGUCUCUCUCUGAAGGCCGGACUCAGACUGUGAUACUCCGUGUGACAGGACUCAGGCGAAGCCACAUCAACAUGGAGCUCUACGUCAACUGCAGAUUGGCUGACUCUGCUCAGGGCUUGCCCUCAUUCGUCAAGCUCCCUUCAAAGGUGGAGACAGUGGAUGUGCGCACUGGAGAAAAGGCCUACGCCAGAUUGCAGGGUUCGGUUGAGACUAUAAAGCUGGCUGUUGGUGGCUCUCUGGCUAAAGCUGGACUCCUCAUUGACUGCCCAUUCCAGGGAGACUCCAGUUUCCACAAUGCAGUCAGCAGUGACAUUAACGCCAUACUUGGUGACCACACAAAGGCUCUGAUUGGUCAGCUGAUCAUCUUUAAUCAGAUCAUGGGGGAGCUAAGAGAGGACAUCAGGGAGCAGACGAAGGAGAUGUCUCUGAUCAGAAACACCAUCCUCGAAUGCCAAGUGUGUGGUUUCCAUGAACCUCAGUCUCGCUGUAUCCCGAGUCCCUGCUAUAAGGGGGUGUCCUGUAUGGAGGCGAUGGAAUAUCCAGGAUAUCGCUGUGGUCCUUGUCCAGAGGGCAUGACUGGCAAUGGGACGCACUGCCAGGACAUCGAUGAGUGUUCUGUUGAGCCGUGUUUUUCCUCUCAGUCCUGUGUGAACACUGCUAACGGUUUCCGCUGUGAUCCGUGCCCUCCGGGUCUUUCCGGCCCAGUGCUCAGGGGAGUCGGCCUGGAGUUUGCUAAAAAACACAAACAGGAGUGUGUGGAUAUUGAUGAAUGUGCCGAACAGACUGGAGCCUGCGUGCCCAACUCGGUCUGCAUUAACACAGCCGGCUCAUUCCGGUGUGGUCAGUGUAAGGCAGGUUUUGUGGGGAAUCAGACCGCCGGCUGUUUCUUGAGGACAACCUGCGCUCUUUUGGGCUUCAGCCCCUGUGAUGUCAACGCCCACUGUGUGAUGGAGCAUGCUUCUGAUGUCAUCUGCAGGUGUAAUGUGGGCUUUGCGGGUAAUGGUAAUAUCUGUGGAGCGGACUCUGAUCUCGACGGCUAUCCUGAUGAAGCUCUGCCCUGCAUGGACAACGACAAACACUGCAGACCUGAUAACUGUAUGCUCACUCCAAACUCUGGUCAAGAGGAUGCGGAUGGUGACGGUAUUGGUGAUCAGUGUGAUGACGAUGCAGAUGGAGACGGGAUAAAGAACGUUGAGGAUAACUGUCGGCUGGUGCCCAAUAAGGAUCAACAGAAUUCAGACACAGACUCUUUCGGGGAUGCGUGCGAUAACUGUCCCAACGUCUCUAAUGCUGACCAGCUGGACACAGAUGGCAACGGAGCAGGAGACAUCUGUGAUAAUGACAUUGAUGGAGACGGAGUCCCCAACAUGCUGGAUAACUGCCCCAAAAUCCCCAACCCCAUGCAGACGGACCGAGAUGAUGACGGAGUGGGAGAUGUGUGUGACAGCUGCCCUGAGAUCAGUGAUCCCACACAGUCGGAUAUUGACAACGACCUGGUGGGAGAUAUAUGUGACACCAACCAUGACACUGAUGGUGACGGGCUUCAGGACACGAGGGAUAACUGCCCUGAAGUUCCCAACAGCUCUCAGCUCGACUCAGACCUCGAUGGACUUGGGGACGAGUGUGAUGAUGACGACGAUAACGAUGGAGUUCCAGAUUUUCUUCCACCAGGCCCUGAUAACUGCAGACUCAUUCCAAACCCCAGCCAGAAAGACUCGAAUGCCAAUGGCAUUGGAGAUGUUUGUGAGACUGAUUUUGAUAACGAUAAAGUGAAUGACCUGGUGGAUGUUUGCCCUGAAAGUGCUGAGGUCACCAUGACAGACUUCAGAUCCUUCCAGACGGUCAUCCUGGACCCAGAGGGUGACGCCCAGAUUGACCCCAACUGGGUGGUCCUCAAUCAGGGGAUGGAGAUAGUACAGACGAUGAACAGUGAUCCGGGUUUGGCUGUGGGCUACACAGCGUUUAAUGGUGUUGACUUUGAGGGAACCUUCCAUGUGAACACAGCCACUGACGAUGACUAUGUUGGUUUCAUCUUCGGAUACCAAGACUCUUCCAGUUUCUAUGUUGUGAUGUGGAAGCAGACGGAGCAGGUCUACUGGCAGAACCUGCCAUUUAAAGCAUCGGCCGAGCCAGCCCUGCAGCUAAAGGCAGUAAAAUCCCGUACUGGUCCAGGUGAGUAUCUGAGGAAUGCUCUGUGGCACACAGGAGACACCCCAGGAGAGACCACCCUACUGUGGAAGGACCCCCGGAAUGUAGGCUGGAGAGACAAAACUUCUUACCGCUGGCACCUCAGCCACCGGCCGCAGGUGGGCUACAUAAGAGUGCGUCUGUAUGAAGGUAAUGACAUGGUGGCAGAUUCAGGUGUGGUGAUUGACACAUCAAUGAGAGGCGGGCGACUCGGCGUGUUCUGCUUCUCUCAGGAGCACAUCAUCUGGUCCAACCUGGGAUAUCGCUGUAAUGAUACCGUCCCAGAUGACUUUUACCUCUACCAGAAGCAGAUGAGCCUCAGGAUGGGAGUUUAACUGAGCAGCUGCAUCUUCAGUGGGGACUUAAAGCAAUGACAGCUGUAGCAGCUGGGGAAAAAAGCUGUGCUGUUCUGCAGGUUUGCCAGUUUGAUUCGUUGCUUCCUGGCCCUGUGGCCUGCCAAAAAAAAGGUGUGACAAAUCACUGUAAUGUGAGGUUAAGGCAAGUUAAUGUUUUUUAAUGGAUUUUUUUGUAUUAAGGAAUUUGGUAAUGACACUAUAUAGUAUAUUUUUCUGAUUAAAGACAAACAUUCGGUUUCACUGCCAGGUGCUGCUUAGCAACUUUGGUUUCCAUUGAUAUUUGGGUUUAUUUAAGUUGUCCGAGCUGUUGUGGAGUCCUACAUCUUUAUCAUGUUCUUGUUCUCAGUUGUGAUUUUAUUCUGCAAUGUUUGCAAAGUUUUAUGAAGAAUUAUACCCAUCAGAGACAAAGAGCUCUGAAAAAAAUAAGAGACCACUUAAAAUUAGUUUCUUUGAACUCAGCAGUGUGUAAGACUGGUGGAGGAGAACAUGCCAAGAUUGAUUUCUGAACUCUUAAAACUUUAUGAAUAUGAACUCGUUCUCUUUGCAUUAUUUGAGGUCUGAAAGAUCUGUAUCUUUUUUGUUAUUUCAGCCACUUCUCAUUUUCUGCAAAUAAAUGCUCUAAAUGACAAUACUUUUAUUUGGUAUUUGGGAGAAAUGUUGUCCGUAGUUUAUAGAAUAAAAAACAAUGUUCAUUUUACUCAAACAUAUACCUAUAAAUAGCAAAAUCAGAGAAACUGAUUUAGAAACUAAAGUGGUCUCUUAAUUUUUCUGAGAACUGUAUAGCAACAUCUUCUGGGAGGAACCUGAUAUGUGUGUGCCUAAAUUAACUAUAUAAACAAUUUAAUCAAGAAGCCAACUAAGGUUAGAAUUGAUACAAGCAAAAUAUCAGGACAGGAUUAGUUUCUUUAGGGGGACGUCUGUGAAAAAUAUUUCACACUUCUACUCAGUGAUAAAACUCUUGCAUCUGGACUGCAACUGAAAAAACAGGAGGACCAGUGAGUGUUUUGGCUUUCUCAGUCACAUGACAUCACAUUCAGUAGCUCCUCCAUUUCCACUCCCUGUUGUGUUUACAUGCCCAUGCAGUGGACAAACAGCUAUUUUAUUAAACGUGAGGUGACGAAACUCAGAGAUAUGCAUCCGGACGGGACCAAAAUUACCGGAGGACCACAGAGUUCAGUGAAAAACAGUAGAUAAUUCAGCCUGUAAUUUUUUCAGAGAAUGCCUAAGAAAAACACAUACAUGGUCGUUCUGGACAGGAAUAAAAUCACAGAGGACCUAAUCCCAUCUGGAUAGGGCUUUAGGCAACUGAAUCAAGACAUGAAUGUGAGACUAGGCUUCACACCAGUAGCCAUCAGUGCUUAAAACCACUCUUUGUAGACUUUGUGUGUGUGCUUGUGUGCAUGUGUGAGUUAUUUUGUAGGAGUUUGAGAGUGUGUUGUGUAAGCAUGAAUGUGUGUUGUUGUAUAUUUUGCAUGUUUCCUGUUUGUUCUGUUUCAGAGAAUCAAUGCUAGAAUUUACUAGAGCUGCACAGUACUGUUUGUUCUCGUAUUAUUAAUCCCUUGCAGUACUUUGUGAUGUUCACAAAAUAUAGUAAUAAGCUAAUCAACCCUUUAACCAAUCACAGAUCACAGUGCUGUAAGUUUCCUGAAUGAACAGAUGAGGUUUUCUGUUUUGGUGAAUCAAAGUACUGUAUCGACUAAAGAACUAAACUCUAAACUAAAGUUAGAGUCCAACUUAUUUUGGAUUAUUAUUUCAUAUUUAGUAAAGGCCACCUUAGUCACAGUCAUAAUAUGUAGCUUUACAAUGGCAUUGUUGUAUUAUGGCUGUAUUGUGCACUCUGGUGUCCACAUGUGUUUGUAAAUAUGUUUUUUUCUUAUUCAUUUUUUAAAGGUUACAUAGCUUUUUGAUAGAUAAUUCACACAAUAAGAAUGCAAUUCCAUGAACACAGUAAACAUGAACAUGGCUUUAUUAAUUUACUGUAUCUGAGGUCAGUGAACUACACGUUCAAUUGAUUUUUCACUGAACUAUUUCUUUAAAGUAACACAUUCAAUGCAAAAGUUGCCCAGGUUGGCAUUAUAUCCAUGUUGGUGAUUGCUGUAUAAUACAAUACUUCAGUUUAAAACACUUUAUAAAUGUAUUAUCAGUUCAAUGAACAUGAUUACUUUAAAGAAAAAAUGUGCUACAUCUAUUCUCACAUUGGGAUACUCUCUUCUUCCAGUAAUGCUUAAUUUGCCUUUAAAAAGAGAUUUUUUAGUUUAAAGACUUCCCCCAUUUAUGUUGAUGUAUCUUGACAAGAAGGUGGAUAUUAAAAAAAAAGCUUGAGAUGUGGCUGAUUGAUUUGUUUUGCUAGCUGGUAAAUGCAGAAGAAUAGAUAGCUAACUUUACUGCUAAAAAAUCUCAUAUCAGUAUUUAUUAGCUGCUACAUGCUACAUGCUACGCUAGCAGUCAGGAUUUGUUUAUCUCUGGGCAAAUUCCCAAUGGUCGUAUGAAGUCUUUGCAUAAUCCAUGUCGGGUAUUGCAGUCAGAAAAUGCUGAUGGACAAAAAGCAAUAAAAAACAGAAAAUCAUACUUUUCAGCACUACAGAUUACUGCAUAAAAUGAAAAAUAAACAAUAAAUAAAUGCUUUUAUUGUUUGAAAUGCACAGAUACCAAUACUUGGACAUUUCUAUGGUGCUAAAUGUAGCUAGUGAGUGUGUAUGUUAAUGUGUGUAGAGUUUCUUUUCUAUACAUAAAAUAUAUAAUGUAAUUAGUACAGGUUUUGGUCAACAAUAGACAAAAGUAUUGGGACACAUGUUUAUUCACUGUUUUUGUUUUUUUAAAUCAAUGGUAUAUGAAAUAGUGUUUUCUGUUCUUUUUUUUUAUUUUUUUAUAACUCUCUAUACUGUCCAAAAAUACUGUCCUCGAUUUUGGAGCAUUGCUGUGAGGAUUUAAUUGCAUUAAUUGACAAAAGCAUCUGAGGUCAGGAUGUUGGAUGAUCAACACCAACACCUCGUCAAUGACUCCCUAACUCAUCAACUCAUCCCAAAAGUAUUGGAUGAAGCAUCAUAAUUGAAGAGAAGACAGUACCACUGCUCCACUACACUAGAAAAGCUGUUUUAUGUCUUAAAUGACCUGAAUACAUGUUUAGAAGGGGUGUAUACAAACAUUUGGACAUGCAGUCUACAAUAAUUAUAGUUAAUAUGAAGGGAACCAUAAAAUUGAAUUGUGUUUGUCUGUGAAUGUACGGUUUUAAAUAUAAAUGUGUGCUUUGUGGUUUACAAACCACUGUUUGUUCAGUCUGGAACAGUAUUGAAAAUAAUGAAAAAAAAAAUGAAAUAAACAAGCAAACAAAAACAA